AUGAGAACCUCAACCUUGAUCAUGGCGCUUUUGGUGGCUGCCUUGUGUGGCUUCGCGAUCCAGACCGCUGAACCUCCACCAUACUAUGGUAUUGGUAUCUUCGCCAACUUUUCGGUCCAGAUCAGCAGCACAAGCAAUGACUUCUUCGCCACCUUGCCCACCAGGUCUCUGACUCUGGCUACUGCUGCGCCUCCACCUACUUUGUCUGCUGUUGGCUUGCCUUCGACUCUGUCCACCCAUGCCUUGCCACCAGCAAUGCCUCCGGUGUUUGGUCCUCCAAGCGAAUUUACCAUCACUGUUGCAGCCACCAAUGUCAGUACCACGGCGACCAUGCAGAGCAGCAGCAAUACCACUACGGACACGCUCUCGAGCUCGUCGUUCCAGUCGUCCUCGCCCUCGGUCUCUCCCGUCGUGCCUGUCCCUGUGACCACAAUCACGGUUUCUCCUCUGCCCCUGCCCGCAUCUCCAAGCGCCACACCUACCGGCAAUACUUACACCUCGGCAAGCGAAACCACAAGCGAUCGCGGAGUGACUGCUACAAUCCCGACUCCUCUUGCCACAGCAUCAUCCAACAGCACCACCGGGUCUGCGGCCGGGAAGCCCCGCAAGGGGCUUAGCGGCGCCAAGAAAAUCACUGCAAUCGUCGUGCCCAUCAUGGGCCUGUUGCUUGUUUGCCUUGCCGCUUUCCUGGGAUACUGGCUGAGGACCCGUCGCCUGGAACGCCAGCGGGCCGACCGCCUGGAGCAGCGGGCCCGCUGGUUCCGACAAGACCACAACGACUGGAUCCGAGCGCGGAUGAGCUCGUUCGACGACAGCAGGACUGGGUUGAUUUCUUCGGGCGGCCGGUACCCGUUCGCGACGACCGUGACGCCGACUCCGAGCAGCUCUGACACGAUUUGUCGCCCGAGAACGCGCCCUAGGCAGUUCUCGGGUUCGACAGUCGUCGACGAGGUCAACUGCCCGGAGGAGGCGGCGGUCGUCGGCGAUCUGGUGGUUCGUCGACGCGGCGGCGUCGAGAAUCUGCGCGGGUAG